CGCUCACCCCUUCAGCAGCCUCUGCCUGGCUGUUCCUGUUUACAGGAAUAGUUUCAAGGGAGGCUUCUUGGAAUCCCGCCGGGGCUUGGCUUGAGGGCCCUAAAGGAAGUCUCAGCAGAGGAGCCCAGGUGCAGAGCCACCUGGCCCAGAUCGCCACUCUCCAGGAUGUCCUCACUGGCCACCAGCCUGCUGCUUACCUGCCUCUCCUUCUGCUCGGCAGAUGUGUUUCGGCUGCAGGCAGACCAAAUCAUGAACGUGACACCUGUGAUAGAUGGGCACAAUGACUUACCCUGGCAGGUGCUGAAAAAAUUCAACAACCAGCUCUCCUUGAGGUCAGCCAACCUGACUGAGCUGCAAGGCACUCACACCAACAUCCAGAAACUGCACCUUGGACAUGUGGGAGCACAGUUCUGGGCAGCUUAUGUGCCCUGUGAGACACAGAACAAAGACGCCGUGAAGCGGACCUUGGAGCAGAUAGAUGUCGUCCAUCGGAUGUGCCACCUAUACCCAGAAGUCUUUGACUGUGUCACUGACAGCACAGGCAUCCGGAAGGCCUUCAGCAACCGCAGGGUGGCCAGCCUGAUUGGCGUGGAGGGCGGCCACUCCAUCGACAGCAGCCUGGCUGUGCUGCGCACCUUUUACCAGCUGGGAGUGCGCUACAUGACCCUCACGCACAGCUGCAACACACCCUGGGCUGACAACUGGCUGGUGGAUACGGCAGAAGAGCAUCCCGUCCACAAUGGCUUGACUAAAUUUGGGGAGCGUGUGGUCAAGGAAAUGAAUCGCCUGGGUAUGCUGGUGGACCUGGCUCACGUUUCGGUGGAUACGAUGAAGGAUGCUUUGGCUAUCUCCCAAGCCCCCGUCAUAUUCAGCCACUCCUCUGCCUACGCCGUUUGCAAACACCGGCGCAACGUACCCGAUGACGUCCUCCUCCGAGUGAACGAGACCCGCAGCCUCGUGAUGGUGAACUUCUACAAUGACUACGUCUCCUGCAACCCCAAAGCCAACCUUUCUCAGGUAGCAGACCACAUGGACUACAUAAAGCGUUUGGCCGGGCCGAAGGCCGUUGGCUUUGGGGGAGACUACGAUGGCGUGACCAGAGUCCCCGUGGGCUUGGAGGAUGUUUCCAAAUACCCAGACUUAGUUGCAGAGCUGCUGAGGCGGAAGUGGACGGAGGAGGAGGUGAGAGGCGCCCUGGCCGAGAACCUGCUGCGAGUCUUCCAGGAAGUGGAGCAGGUGCGGGACCAGAUGGCCAAGGAUGCGAUCGCUCCCGACGACACGCCCAUCGCCUUCCAGGGACUGGAGGAGGCCUGCCGGACCCGCUACGGGUACCCCGACAGCGGGGACCAUCCCAGGCUGCUGCCUGCUGCCCUCGCCCUCGCCCUGCUGCUGCUGCUGCUCCUGUAGAAGCCUGGCACCUCCUUCCGUGGCGGCCCCU